GUGUGUGUGUGUGUGUGUGUGUCUGUCUCGUGGGCUCGCGCGUCGCUCUCCGUUAAAAUUGCAGACAGCCAGGAGGAGAUCGGAGGCGCGCGCAGGACAGGAGGCGCAGGAUCCGGGAUCUAAUUAAUUAAAUUGAUUUGUUUGCGCGGCGCGUCUUCAGAGGGACACGAUCUACUGAAAUAAACAAGAACCUGCGCGAGCGGAGGAGGAAAGGGACCGGGAAGCGCAGUGUUCUGAGAUGUCGGAGGCUCUGACACAGCAGGAGAGACUACAGGCCAUCGCUGAGAAGAGAAAGAAGCAGGCUGAAAUAGAGAAUAAGAGGAGACAACUGGAGGAUGAACGCAGACAAUUACAACACUUGAAGUCGAAGGCCCUGAGGGAGCGCUGGUUGUUGGACGGUGCGCCCUCUAGUGGAGAGAACGAGUUUCAGAGACAGCUGCAGGAAGACGAGAUUAAAACCCGGGUACUGGAGCAGAGUGUUCUCAGGUUGGAGCAGGAGAUCGAGGAGCUUGAGAACGGAGUUCCUGCAGAUAAACAGGACGCUAUAAAGACACCAGAUGGCCCUGGGAAAGUGGAGAACGGCGUCCCUAAAGCCAGGCAGGUGACGGGCAUCGAGGCGAAGCUGGAAUGCACAAAUCUGGACGCGAAGGCCAUCGAGAACGCGAGUGCGGAUCACCCGGUCACCAUGGUGUUCAUGGGCUACAAAAACGUAGAGGACGAGGAUGAGACCAAGAAGGUUCUGGGCAUCGAGGAUGCAGUGAAGGCUGAGUUCGUCGUUAUCGAAGAUGGUGAGAAUAAAGCGGCGACAGAGGAUGGAAAGAACGAAGAGAAAGCUCCUCUGAACGGCGCCCCCUCCAGCCCAGAUGACAAAAAACAGGACGAGGCUGCAAACGGAGAGGAAGCAAAAGAGGGCGCGGUCAAGAAAGAAAAGCAGCCCUGCAAGUGCUGCACUGUCAUGUGAGCACGGGGAAGGGGGGUCAAAACUUUUACUCAAAAUAAAUACUAAAUAUUAUACAAAAAAAAUACAAAAUCCAGAGAGGAACUGCUGACACUACGGGAAGUCGUGAGAAGUAAUAUGAGAAAUACGUUGUUAAUGUUAUCGCUAUUAUAAAGAAUACAAACUAGCACAAUGCUAGCCAUCACUAAUGACAUCACUAAUGACAUCACUGUUGCUAAAGGUAAUAUCAAGGAGAUUUUAUUGCUGAUGUACCUCUUAAAAUGUAUAAAUAUAUGACUUCACUGGUAGCAUAGUCAUUUAUACCUGACCGCAAGUCUUUUUUUUAUGAUGACACAAAAGUCUGGCAACCAUGGAAACGUGACAGGUCUAUCAGGAACAUCAACAUUUACCUCAGAUCUGUUGAUCAAUCACUGGGAAAAGACUCAGAAAUGAUUAUUAUAAUGAUAAUAGCAUCAAAUCUUGGAGUUAGCGUCAAUCCUACUAACCGUACUGCCAAAGACCAUUUUACUGCCGAAACAAUGCGGUGGCUAUCUUUUAUAUCGCCAUUCUGAAGGUGCAGGAACCAUGGAAACGAGACAAAAAAAAUCAUGCUGUCUGAUCAAAAUGAGCUGGAAUUACCCUUAGCAUCAGACCGCUAAUUCUUCAGGAAUGAAGUCAGAACACCACUGCUAAUACUAAUGUCAUUAUCACUAACGUUCAUGUCAUAUAUUUGUGAUAAUGAUGAUAUUUAAUAUAUUUAUAGUAUUUAGUAUAUUUUUCAUCCAUUCUACUGCGAACAAUGCUAAUCAUUUAGCUAGCUAACACAUCUCUGCUCUCCUAUGAUGACAGUAUAAAGAUAAUCAGGCUAAUAAAGCAUUACUAGCAUCGCUGCUUGUUUUAUUAGCGAUAACGUUCAUGGGCUCAGUUAGCGUUGUGAUGAUUAGCUCCGUGUGGAUGCACUUCCUCUCGGUCUUUGUAUUUCUAUAUAAAUGUAACGUAUUUGUACGUUUGUUGUUUAGUUUGUACUUCUUUUUUUAUUUCUAUUGAUAUUUUUCUAUAUUUCAGUCUUGACAUUUCUAUAUAUAAAUAUAAACUUAUAUUUUCAUUAUGUAAUUUUAAGUAAGUGCUCGUUGGAGGGACAGAAGGGCGGAGUUCGGUGUCCUUUCACUUAUUUGAUUUUAUUUCUAAAGGAAAAUCCUGAAGGAAAUCUCGUUUUCUCUCACGUAGUGUUUUUCGAAACCUAUACUGACGUCAUCCGUGAGAUCAGAAAUAUUAUAUACAGAGUUAUUAUGCUUUUAUAACGCGUGUAACGUGUGUUUUAUUUUGUGUUUGAUCAUCUCAGACCACUGUGAGGAUGUAGUAUAUACACACACACACACACACACACACACACAUUUCACGGUAGGAAACGAUGUGUGUAAAGUGUGUAAAUAAAUGUGAUGUACGGUUUAUGCCGGGUUGUGAUUCACUCCUAAGAUAAAAUAACGCUAACAAAAAUUUAUUUUACAUCAAAAUUCAUCACUGUGGGCGUGUCCCCCCAAAACUACACAUACUAUUUACUACAUAGUGCACAUAAACACCAUAAUCACUCCAAACCACACAUCCUAUUCUCUAUGUAGUAAACAUGAACACCAUCAUCAUUCCAUUAGGGGAGUGUCCUAGAAACCACACCCACUAUUCAUCAAUUAGUGAUCAUUCCACUGGGGGUGUGUCCCAAACCCAUUAUUUGCUAUAUAGUGCACAUAAAUGGCAAAAUCAGUCCACUGGGGGUGAGUCUCAAACCACACAUUCUGUUCAUUAUGUAGCGCUCAUGAACACAAUCACUCAUUUGUGGGUGUGUCCCAAGCCAGACCCACUAUUCACUAUGUAGUGCACAUAAACACAAUUACUCCAGUGUGGGUGUGUCUCAAACUCAUCCCAGCAGGACUGGUUUUAGUUUCUCUGGCAUGUGGAACCUGAAGCUCGUUCGUGUUGUCUGUGUUUCUGUUUGUGUAGAUUAUGAAACCCUGUCCUUGGUUCUUGUUGUUUCCUGCUGUGCUCCAAGUUCUCCAUGCAGGAAGAAAUACAAAUAAAGUCUGUUGUGUUACAGCA